AUGUUGUACUUGGCAGCUUUAUUACCUUUCUUGGCGUUAUCCGCCUCGGUUCUCGCUAAACCCCUACCUUCCGGCGAGGAAUCAGUGACAAGCUCAACGGAGAGCACAGUAGCUUCGACGGUAGCUUCAGGAUACCCUAGCUCAAUAGCUGCUGAGACUUUGACCGAAAGUGCUUCAAGCUCCGAGCCAUCAUCGUCAUCACCAUCCUCAGUGGUAGCCGUCGAUACUUCCACUGGAUCUGAAGAUGGUACUUCCGCCACGUCAACCGCUCCCGAUCCCGCUCAAUCAACUAUCGAUAUCUACAGCCACGAGACUGUUCACAACGUCCAGAUUCAGGCGUAUAGAGAUACCAAGUGUCUUUCUCCCGAUCCUCGAGAGGAACUCAAGGCGGGAGCACCGGUAGAUCUGUAUCCUUGUGUCGACCCCGCAGACCCAUCGAAGAGUGCUAGAGCAUGGGAUGUUGUACCAGGUGAAGGUGCACUGGUAUUGAGCGGGACGAAUUUCGCUUUGGAUGCUGGAGGUGUUAACGCUUCUGCCAACUCUUCUCUGGUUCUCAAAGAAUCUCAAAACUGGGAACCCCUUCAAGCUUGGUAUGUGACCAAUGAUGCUAGGAUCGCCAUUGCAGGUCAAGGUCUGUGCUUGACAGAAGAUAAAGAUACGGACGGUUCUGGACCUGACGAAGAUAAGGGUAUUAUCUUGUUCGAUUGCACCGAUGAGAACACUGAUCAAAUGUUCUUCACUAUCAACAAGGAUAACCAAGACUUGGUAGCGAUCGCACCUCCCGAUGCCAAUUACACGGCUAUAGCGGGAUCCUCUUCUGCUCCGGCUUUGGCUUCGGCCUCUGGAACUAGUCUCGCUGCUGUACAGACUGAUCUUACUACAUCAGCUGGCUCUGAGGCUACACCUACGUCCGAAUCGGCAGUCCCCUCAACUUUCGCGUCAGCUGUUAGCGCCAGCGAAGCUACCACUGCCUCAGAAUCAGCCACAAGCGCUGAAGUCACCAGUGUCCCAGUCUCUUCCUCAGAAGCCGUCAGUGACUCUGAGUCAGCCAAUGAGACUGCAUCCACUGCAAUUCCCAUUGCGACUGUCGAAUCAACCCAAGUUGCCUCCAGCUCCGCAGCUUAA